AUGGGAUUUCCUGUAAAUUGCCGUAAUAUCACUAUACCCAGAGUUCUGCUCUACUUGGCAUCAGCCAUGGCGUAUAUAAAGAAUGGAUUUUGUUGCUUUCUUUCUGCUCUUGGCCUGAGAGAGGCACCACAAGAAGAGAUGUAUUGGUGGCCAGAAUUCUCAGAACUUCCGUCUGCCAUUUCUGCGUCUUCAGGGGAGAUGAUUAAGCACAGGUUGCCUGUCAUAUCAUUCCGAAAUGUUGCAGAGAAGUUGAUUGAGAUUGAGGAGGAUUUUGUAUGCGCUGUCUGCUUGAGAUCCUUUGAAGAAGAUGAUGAAAUCCGAGAGCUGUGCAAUUGCUGCCACAUAUUUCAUAGAAAUUGUUUGGAUAAAUGGAUUGAUGUUAAUGAGGAUACCUGCCCUUUCUGCAGAUGUCCUCUGCUUCCACCGAUUGGAAGUGUUGAUAGAUGA